GGCGGAGCGGGGCCAUGGCGGAGCCGGGCUGCGGGGCGCAGUUCCAGGCGGCCGUGCGCGUCAUCCAGGGGCUGCCCCGGAGCGGUUCGUACCGGCCUUCCUACGAGGAGAUGCUGCGCUUCUACAGCUACUACAAGCAGGCGACGGCGGGCCGCUGCCAGGAGCCCCGGCCCGGCUUCUGGGACCCCAUCGGCCGCUAUAAGUGGGACGCGUGGCACAGCCUGGGCAGGAUGAGCAAGGAGGAGGCCAUGGCCGCGUACGUGGCCGAGAUGAAGAAGGUGGCCCAGAAGAUCAUCGACACGGUGCGGCCGGACGAGACGACGCAGGAGAUGUUCCGCUACUUCGAGCCGCUCUACGAGGUGAUCCGCGACAUGCCGCGGCCCCCGGACGCUUUCUUCCGACGGGCGGGGGAUGAGCAGGAGCAGCCGGCCGAGCGCGGCCAGGAGGAGCGAGCGAGCGGCCCGGCCCUGGAGUGCCCGGAGGACGCGCUGCCCGGGGAGCAGCAGGACGGGCAGCAGGCGCCAGGAGCAGGGCUGGCUUCUGCUGCCGACACGCGCCAGGGCAGCCAGGGCACCAGCGACUCCGAGGGGGAGGUGUUCUGCGAUACCAUGGAGCAGAUGGAGCCUGAGCAGGCUGGGCAGCUGCUGGCUGAGCGGGGGCUGUUCCCAAAGAGCGCCCCGGCCGGGCGCGUGGCUGGGCGGGCAGAGCGGGGUGAAGGCAGAAGAUGGGAGGGGAGCGGCGGUGCCGACCUCGCAGCCCGGGGCUCUGACGGAGAUCCGCAGCUCGCCGGGGCAGAGGAGGAUGCGGGGAGCCCGGCUGAGCCCACCGCCGUGGAGCAGCAGCUGCCGCCGGAGCUGGACGCCCACGUGGCCGGCACCGUGCGGGCCCUGCAGGACGACAUGCAGCGCGUGCUGGAGCGGCUGAGCGAGCUGGAGCUGCUCACCUCCAGGCAGGACACAUCCGGGGCCGAUCCCGGAGAGCCGCUCGCUGCGCAGGCGGAGUCUCCGUGGCCGCUGCCCGCGUCCCCGCACCCGCUGCUGCUGUUCCUCGUGGCGUGGCCCUUCGUCACCCAGUGGCUGCUGCGGCGCUGGCGGGGCAGGAAGAGGUGACGCGUCCCCAUCGCGGCCUCCCCGCGCCCCGCGCAGCCGCCGCCGUUCCCGGUUCUGCUUCUCCCGCACCGCGAAGGCCGAACCGCCGUCAGCUCCGGGCGGCGCAGCCGCGGGGUCCCGGGGACCGCUCGGUGCCGUCGGGAGACCCGCGGGGGCACAGACGGCAGCGGGGUCGGGGCGCUGCCAGGCGGGGGCUCAGCCCGGCCCCCCUCCCCGGAUUAAAGUUGCCUUUUUAGCGCG